AUGACGCGCCUCCUCGCCCUCGCAGCCACGUCCUUGACGCUCGUCGUCGCGACGCCGCCGAUGGGCUGGAACAGCUACAACCAUUACAACUGCCUCCCGACCGAGGACGACAUCAAACAGAGCGCGCAGGGGAUUGUGGACCUCGGGUUCGCGGACCUGGGCUACAACAUCGUGACCACCGACUGCGGGUGGAACGGCAGGGACCGCGACGAGCAGGGCCGGCAGCAGUGGAAUGCGACCCUGUUCCCGUCGGGCGGCAAGGCGCUCGGGGACUUCAUCCACAGCCUCGGGCUCAAGUUUGGGCUCUACUCGGGCGCAGGGUACUUUCAGUGUGGCAGCACCGACCUGCCCGCGUCCUUGGGCUUUGAGGAGAUUGACUCCAAGUCCUUUGCGGAAUGGGGCGGCGAUACGCUGAAAUAUGACAACUGCUAUUCUACUUCCAAGACCGUGAUGGUCGAUUCCGACUCUGCCGAGGCCAAAAGUCCCGAGCGAUUCUUGAAGAUGGGUAGGCUCCUCAAGGAGAGCGGUCGGCAAAUCGACUACUUCUUGUGCCAGUGGGGCAUAGGCGAGAACGUGCCUGAGUGGGCAACGACAGUGGGAAAGAGCUGGAGGAUGAGCAAUGACAUCUACAACGGUUGGCGCAGCAUAUGGCGCAUCACCAACCAAGUCAUUCCGCACGCCAAGCACACGCGCGAGGGCUCAUACGCAGACAUGGACAUGCUCACGGUCGGGCUCGGCGCCAUGUCGUACGACGAGGAGCGUUUCCACUUUGGCAUGUGGUCCAUGAUGAAGUCGCCGCUGCACAUCGGCGCGCCCAUCAACAGGAGCCUCACCCCGCAGGAGUCCCUCGAUAUCAUGGCUAACAAGGAGGUCAUCGCCAUCAAUCAGGACCCCCUGUCAGAGGCUGCACAGCUGGCCUUGCGCAACACCGAGGGGGAGUGGGACGUCUGGAUCGGAAACCUCUCGGGAGACCGUAAGAUCGUGGGCGUGGCAAACUGGCGAAAUGAGAGCCAGAGUGUGGCUGUGGACCUCUCCUUCCUCGGGAUCGGGUCCGCCGAUGCCCGUGACGUCUGGGCCGCCUCGGACCUCGGAUCCAUCUCCGGAUCGCAUCAGGUUGAGCUAAAGGGCCACGAACUCAAGCUUUUGAUCCUAAGCAACGUCCAGAACGCCACGGACACCCCCUCGUCCGCUGGAUACUACCCCGUCACGGCCGCCCAAAUCACAAGUCCGGCAGCAUUAAGGUCCUGCGCUGACAGGGGCGCACAGGAGUGUCUGCCUGUGAGACAAAAGGUUGGAAACAUCAACGGGGACGCCAAGGUUGCGUUUGGGAACGUGACGGUGUCGGCGGCAGGCAAGAAGUACGUGGGAGUCGACUUCAUCAACUAUGACUAUGCGUUUGGCACUGCCUGGGGCUGGGGCACCAACACCCGCAACAUGACCAUCAGCGUCAACGGCAACCCGGCCACGAGAUGGGCUUUCCCGCUGGCCGGAAACGACUGGUUUGAGACCGGCAGGUUGACCAUCGAGGUUGAUGGGUUCAAGGCCGGCGUUAAUGAGGUCACGUUUGCGGCGCAGGCCGACUCGGGCUUUGCGCCUGACCUGGUCGGAAUCGAAGUCUAUGAGUAA